AUGCCCGCAAAUUACGAACUAUCACAGGAAAUCCAAUUAAUUGAACUGGCAGCUCAAACGAAGGCUGAAGGUGCGCAACAGCCUUUGACGCUCAGAAGGCUCGGCAUGGCCCAGCAAGUAUGCAAAGAAAAAAAGAGAGAAACUAGCACAAUGAUACAGACCAGCACCAACAUAAAUUGUCGUGAGACUUUACUUGGCUUGGUACUUUACUUGAUCGAUAAAUAA